GAAGAAACCACUUUCCAAGAAAAUGAUGAGAAUAUACUUGUUGACGUGUUAUAUGAUAAAUGCUUAUCAGACAUAUCAAAUUCACUUGAACACGAAAGAACAAAAGUAGCAAUUCUUAAGCAAGAACCAAGAAACUCCAAUAUUAAAUACUUACCACCAACUAUGGACAAAAGAAUAUGGAAGUUGCUGUCCUUUCAAUUUAGGGAAUCAGAUAAAGUCAUAGCAAAAAUAUCAUACAGGACAUCAGCAGUAUUUUGCCCACUAGAUAAUGUACUUAGGGCAUUAUAUCAAUCAAAACCCCCUGACAGUGACUAUUCAGCAUUGCAAGCAUGA